UUGAAUAAAAUUUUCUCAUCCGAAAUAACUUCAUACCAAACAAAGCGAAGUUGAAGCUGCUUUCACGGAACCCCAUUUGCAAAAGGUAGAAUCUUGCCCCUCCUUAGGCCGGAGGGUUUUGAAUUUUGGGGUUCUCCAUGGAAGAUUUUAGAUCCAAAUCGUACGCUGAUGGGAGGAUGCAAAUUGAGAGCUACAGCAGGAGCGGGACCGCUUCCGCCUGCGGCGUCCAUGGCAUGCAAGACCUCCGGUGCUACAGCGCUUCAUAUGCAUCCUCUGUUCCUCCUCCGACCACCCAAAAUCAGAUUGGGUUCAACGAUGUGAAGUUCAAGAAAGGCAAGUCCACUAACAGUUCCUCUUCGAAGAGCUGGAGCUUCAGUGAUCCAGAGUUGCAGAGGAAAAAGAGGGUCGCUAGUUACAAGGUGUAUACUGUUGAAGGUAAACUGAAAGGGUCUUUCAGGAAGAGCUUCAAGUGGCUCAAGGACAGGUACACUAGAGUUGUGUAUGGAUGGUAGUGCUUGCUAACUCUGAGGAUCCCAGGUGGUGUUUUGAUCUUUGAAAAUAAGUAUGAAUCCGGCAAUUGGCUAUAUUAUAUCUUUGUUUAUCUACUGAUCACAGUUAUUUCCGAGUCUUCAAGUACAAAUAUGUAAUGUAAUGCAGUUGAUAAAUUAUGAAUUUUAAGUGUUCACCUUGGAUUGUAUUAAGAGGGUAAUCAUCUUGAUUGCUCCCGUAAGGCAUGGCUGUGUGACGGUAUUUUGUGGAGGCCAAUUUCCUCUCACAUUAGUUCAUUAUCAAUCAAUCUAUAUAUUUAAUAAAAUCUAUUUCGCAUUAUUUGCAAA